AUGGGAUGUAAUCUAAAAAGUACAGCCAAGACCAAGAAUGUUCAAUUGUUGCUGCUCAGUCGCUUCGGUAACGUACCCUCUUCCAUAGUACAUGACAUCAUUUUCAUUCUCUUUACAGAGAGAUCAGCCAUCGUUGGAAAAGUAGGAUCAUCUGUCACCCUGCCUUGCACCUAUGACAUUGAUUAUUAUGGUCCGACACGAAUAUGCUGGGGCCGACAGGAAUGUUCCUGGCUUUCUUGUAACGAGCUGUUGGUUUCAACUGAUGGAAGUCAAAUCACCUCUCCUCCGAAUUCAAAAUACCAGCUUUAUGGUGACCUAAAGAAAGGCGAUGUGUCCUUAACCAUACACAAUUUGAGAUUGGGAGAUCGUGGCAAGUACUGUUGCCGUAUGAAGUAUUAUGGGAUUUUCAACGACCAGAAAGAGAUCAUUGACCUCAUUGUUGCCUUUAAUCUUGUAACAACUUCCACUGAAAGGUACAAAACCACCAGGAGAAAAAUUGUGACAUCUCAAGCCAACAAAAACACGCCGACCAUUAACCCCACCACGGUUUUAGGGGACAAGAGCACUGGGCGUCCUUUUAAAUGUCUUUCGGAUGAGAAAGGGGCAGAUACUUAUAAAGAAUGCCAGUCUGGCUCUGGAUCGAAGAGAGCCCCCUCUAAUUCUGCCUUCUGUCACUUGAUGAAUUGGACCACGGAGAUGUGCAACCGUAGCUCCAGGACUGACUUUCCAGUGCAGAGGGUCAUGGAGUUUUCACAGCGUCUGCUCAGCAAUGUCUCAGCUUGGAAAGGUCUGGAUGAUACAGAGAGACAUAAAGCAGCUGGCUAUUUCCUGCAGGCGAUGGCAAGUUCUGUCAUCGCAGCCACUCAACAUGGGCAGAGGAAGGAAAAGAUAAAAUUGAAAACGUCUACUUUAGCUCUUGAAAUAGGUUUCAUUGAAAGGCACAACAUCACUGGCAGCAAAAUAGUGACAUUACAAGCCAAAGAGGACACUCUGACCAUUAACCCCACCACGGUUUUAGGGGACAAGGACUCUGCUACGCUUGCCUUUCUUUCCUACAAUGAUAUGGACUCCAUCAUCGGUUCAGAGCUAGUGGAUGACGAAAGCAAUGUGUCCAAGAGACUACAGAACAACCUGUUUCAUUCAAGAGUGGUAACUGUGACAAAAGGGAACAGAGCAAUGCGAAAUCUGAGUGGAAAUUUUAGCAUUACUUUCAACAGAAUUCAAAGGAAACAGGAAGAUGUCACCCGAGGGGGUAAAGUUUGUGCCGUUUGGAAACCUUCUGCAGAGGGAGGCUCCUGGUCUUCAGCAGGUUGCUACCUCACGGCUACGAAUGCUACUCACACGGAAUGCAGUUGCAGAGUGCUGUCCAGCUUUGCAGUGCUACUGACUCUCUAUGAGAUCACGUUUGCUAUUCUCCUGCAAUGUUCUAGUUCCACCCACAAUGUGCUAUUUAUGCGCAAUGAUGUGCAGCUCAGUGACAUCAUCGCAAGGUUGCUCUGGGGUCCUGCAGCCCUGAACGGUGGUGACGGCCAGGAUCUCCUGAUAUUAUUGGAUGUUUCACCUGCUUAUUGA